AUGCCUCAACAUGAUCGAGUGUCGUGGACUACUAUGCUUCGAGGAUAUGCCCAAUGUGGGCAAAUGCUAAAUGCUAAACAAAUGUUUGAUUCUAUGGAAGAACGAAGCUUUUUCUCCUGGACGGACAUGGUAUCCGGCUAUGCAAGAAUGGAAGAAUUUGACAACGCUAAAUCUCUGUUUGAUCAAAUGCCUAGCCACGAUUUAAUCACUUGUACCGCUAUAAUACCAGCAAUUGCCAACUAUGGGCAAAUUGGUGACAUUAAGUUCUUUUACGACUCUGUGCCCGAGAAAGAUCUCGUGCUAUCGACCGCGUUGGUGGGAGCUUUCGUGCAAAUCGGGAAUCUGGUAGAGGCCCGAGGUGUGUUUGAGACGAUGGCGACGAGGAACCUGGUUUCGUGGACAACGGUAGUGUCAGGCUAUGCCCAGUAUGGAUUCAUAGACGAGGCCGAGAGGAUGUUUUCCCGGAUGCCUGAGUGGAAUCUCGUGUCCUGGACCGCGAUGAUUGAUGGGCUGAUGGAAAACGGGGGCCUGGGCCCAGCGAAGCUUCUCUUUGAUCGAAUGCCGCAGAGAAACAUCGUUGCCUACACCGCUCUUGUCACGGGAUUCAUCCGGAAUGCGCAGCUCGAUCUGGCAAAGGAGCUCUUCGAUCGAACCCCGCAGUGGGAUCUCGUGAUCUGGGCUUCGAUCGCCGCCUCCUAUGCCCAGCACGGGCAUGUCGACCACGCGAUGGCGAUCCACCAGCAAAUGCCCGCAAGGGACGUGAUAGUGUGGAAUCUGCUCGUCGCGAUGCUCGGCCAGGCCGGGAGAAUGGAGGACGCGCUCAAGAUCCAGCACCAGAUGCCGAAAUGGAACGUUUUCACCUGGAACGCGAUCCUCUCCGGCUACGCGAUCAAUGGCGAUAUCCACUCGGCUCAGCGAUCGUUUGACAGCAUCCCGGAGGAGAUCGUGAACUGCCAGUGCUGGACGAGUUUGAUGCACGCUUACGCUCGCAAUGGCCGCGUGAUCGAGGCUCGAGCUGUGCUCGCCGCAAUGCCCACGAGAGAUCUUGCGGCCUGGAACUUGAUGAUGGAAACAUAUGCCCAAACGGGGCAUUACAAGGAAGCUAUCCAUCUCUUCCACGAGGCCACGCUCGAUGGCGGAGUGAGAAUCGAUCUCGUCUCAUUCAUCACCAUCCUGUCGGCUUGCAGCCAUCUUGGGAAGAUCCAAAUCGCCCGCGAUCAAUUCGUGUCUAUGAUCGCCGACUAUGGCAUUGUCCCAAUCCGGGAUCACUACUCGUGCGUGGCGGACGCUCUCGCGAGAUCUGGGAGGCUUUGCGACGCUGAAAGUUUGCUCGAGACGAUGCCUUUCGUGCCCGAGUCAUCCGCGUGGGCGAGCUUGCUGUCGGCGUGCCGUGUCUACCGAGACAAAGAUCGUGGAGCUCGAGCAGCCGCGCAAGCCGUGGAGGUCAAUCCCCAAGCUUCGGCUUCGUAUCUUCUCUUCUCGCACUGCUAG